UUUGCGGCUCGAACGCUCGGCAUAUUAGAUCGUGGCGCACGCGACGAAUUAUCUUUAAUCAUCGCCAAAUGGGAUUCCGCAACGGCCAUUUGGAGUAACUUACCGGCACUGUUUCACCGACGGUCAGCGUGUUUAGAAGAAGCCGUCUUGGAUCUUUUCUUCCCCCUUCCGCCUGCCUUUGCACCAUUCACUUCCGCACAGCCAUGGCUUCCUCUAACCGUGGUAUCCAGAUUGGCUCCGGCUGGUUUCAGACCAAAAUUAAUCUCAGGCCGCAGCACCGGGGCGUUCACCUCGUCACCGAGGAGAUCCUCAGGCAGGUACCUGAACUCUGCCAGUUUUCAAUUGGUCUCUGCCACAUCCAGAUUCUGCAUACCUCAGCUAGUUUAGCAUUAAAUGAGAGCUGGGAUCCAGAUGUGAGAGACGAUAUGGAAAUGAUGCUUAACAAAAUAGUUCCUGAAGGCUUGGAGUAUAGGCAUAGCUGUGAAGGACCUGAUGACAUGCCAGCGCACGUGAAGGCCUGUUUUCUGGGCUCAUCGCUGAGCAUCCCAAUCACCGAUGGUAAGCUGGCACUGGGCACAUGGCAGGGCAUUUGGUUAGGCGAACACCGCGACCAUGCUGGCAGCCGCAAGCUGGUUGUGACGUUAACUGGUGUUUUGAGGGACUCGGCGCGCAGUCCUCUCAGCCCGGUCAGCCCUAUCGCGUCUACCAGCAGCUAGGACCACUCGCACCCCCGAAGGCGUGGCAAACGUCAGCCGCGCGCGUCCACUUCGAGCGACUCAAGCUAGCAGCCGCUUUAAGCUCUAGUCAACUUCUAAAAGUACAAUCUAUUGAGAAGGAGUGAGUCAGAUACUUCGUGGACUUACCUAUCGCUCGGGGAUAACCACCGUCAGUAGCGAUCAACCGCGUCCUCGACGUUUCGCGUCGAUCGUCGAGUGGACAGACCGGGGAUCGUGCAUCGUUCAAGACAUCUGUGUGCGCGUGUAUGUGCUUCAGGGUUUUAUUUGUGUCUCCAACAUCGUUCUGCAUGGAUAUUCUUUUUUAUUUGUGUGAUAAGUUGUCGGGAUUGUUGCAAAAGUCUCCUAGACAGAGAAAUCUGCGGAACAAUAGGGUUUUCAACUAGGAUGCUAUCCUUGCAACUUGAGAAUUCAGAUUUUAAGGGAACUUCUUUAAAUUGUCAUAUUGUAAAAAAUUUUGCAUUUGACAUUCGAAGAUACAGGAAGUUGAGAUCUUUUAAAAUUCUUUCUAUUUCGAGGAUUUCUUAGAAUUCUUUCUAUUUCGAGGAUUUCUUAGAAUCAGAGAAUUUGGAAGCUAGAAUCUUUGCAAUAACUCAUAAUGCUUCUCUCGUUUCUUCGUUUUUGAUAUUUUGUUUAGCUCGUGUUGAUCACGUCGAACACUCACGACAUACAAUAAUAAUAGUAAUAAUAAUAAUAAUAAUAAUAAUAAUUAAAAAAGACAAAUGGAUAUAACGAGAUAAAGAGAAAUGAAGAAAAAACUGCCACGGGAGGGGGAGGAAACAGAUGCGCGCAUCGCACGCGUCUCAUGUGAACAAAACGAAUUAAAUGCGAAUAUCCAACACUUUCGCUUCGCUCUUGAAGAGAAAGGAAAGCGAAAAGCGGGAAAGACACGCAAUGAAAGCAACUGAAAAGAAAAAGACAGAGAUAAUGAAAGAGAAGGGAAACAACAAAUUAUGCAUUCCGGUAACGCGUCCAAUACUCCGAAUUUACGUAGCUUUAUUUAGGAGAUUCUUUUAUAUAAACACAGUUAAUGAAUAUGAGCAGCUGUGUAGGGACUUACACAGUAUCCUUUUUUACAUACUGCUAUCUUUGAGCUGAAAAUGAGAAACAAAGGAGAGGGAUGUGGAAGGUAAGGUUGAUAAACACAAGAGUGAGAGAGUGUAAGAUACGUGUUGCGUACUUUCUGAGCCGCUUUAAAAACGAUUAGAAGCUAAAUUAAUCGCUCAUGAAUAAUGAUAUUUCCAUCAUAUUGAGGGUGUGUAUAUGUAUAUAAGGGGAAGGGGCGAUGAUUCUCUACCUGUGCGCGUUUCCGCUAAAGUAUGUUAUAUCAUGGGCACAUAGCGCGAUUAUACAUCCUAUGUGAAUUAUAACGCGUGUACAGAGUGCGCAAAAAAUUGAGUAUAAAAACACCGAAAGAGAAAAAGUUACCGAAAAACUAAGUAAUGAAAGUAUAAACGACAUUUUUUUCUGCGAGUAAGUUUUUUUAAUACAAUAAUUUACAGAGUUCGAUCAAUCAUGAGCUGCAAUAAGAGUCAUCUCUAUCAAUGAGUCAAAUUGUUAAUAAUUACUAAAAAUUAUAUAUUAAUACUAUUGUGACAAUGAGUCACAGAUCAUUCUUUAGCAGCUCAUGAUUUAAUUGAAUUUUAAAUCUUUAAAAAUAUUUAAAAAUUAUUACUUGACAUUACAAGGUAUGUACUUCUUUUUACUUAAUUUCUCGCACUUUUCUGCUGAAGUGUCUUUAUGCUCGAAUUUUAUAAUACUCUGUAUAAUUAAAGCAACGUUACUAUAUACUCGAAGAAUCGAUUACAUCAACGUCAAUCACCCUUUUCUUUUAUUGUAUUACAACAACUAUUACCCCGUUAAGGCCACGAAAAGCUUAUUUUUGUUUUCUGACAUUGAAACAUUUGCAAAUGGCAAAAUUUUAUUUUUUUUUUGCGUUACGAGAUGCAAUUCAUUCACAUUAAUUUAAAGACAUUCUUUAAUGAAGAAUUGGCACAAUUUAACUUUUUCGAUUACAAAAAAAAACCACUUGUCCUAGGGGUCGCAAGUAUGUAAGGCAUCGUUUUAAAGGAUCCAGCACUGCGAAUUGUAACGUUGGAUCGUCGCAAAGAUAGCGCGGUUUCAGGAGAGUCUUCUUUGAACUUUUGGUCUUUGAUCUCUUGGAAAUGUGAAAAAUUCCAGUCACUUUCAGUCCUCGAGGUUUCGAAUCUUUGGACAAGUAUGCAUGAUUCUUGUGUUCUUUUUUUCGUUCCAAAGGUUAUUAAAAAGAAAAAGCCGAAGGGGUCUUCGCGACGAACCGACAGAGCUACUUACUUACACUUAUACAAUGUUAUUAACUGAUGCUUACUACAAGCUUGCUGCAGCGAACGGGCUGGCAGACAGGCAGAACAGACGUUGUCGUUGUUUAGUCGUUAAUCCUCAACGUACAUAGGCGUGCAAGAAGAAAAAAAACGCGUCGUCCAUUACGUGAUUAAAUGGACCUAUGCUUUAAUGUAAAGUACGUCUCUAUCUAUACAGUUCACAUAGCUUAAAAAAAAACAUUAUCGGAGCUCAAAGUAUAAUGUAAUGUAAUGUGAUGUAAUGGUACACUGUCGAGGUUAUCGUACGUGUCGCCCCUUCGAACAUAACACAAAACGAGGGCAUGGGGGAGACGAGGAGAAGACUCAUAUGCACAAAAAAAAA